AUAAGGUUAUAAAUUUUUUCCACUGUAGGAAAUGUCAAUGAAAAAAUCCCAAUAAAUAAACUAAAUGCAAACAAUACCUCUUACAAUAUUGCUAAUCUAUGAAACAGGUAUUCUCUCUCGGCAUUAAUAUCGUUUUGAUUGCUUGUGGUAUUGGAAUGAUAACGGGGAUUUCUUCUUGUUCAACUUUACCUUUCAAACUCAUUAUAAUACUGGGUCACUCUGCCAUGGCAAUUGUUCUUUUGCUUCAUUCUAGGACUGUUGAUCUUACAGAUAAAUUAUCUACACAAUCAUUUUACAUGCUCACAUGGAAGUUAGUUUAUGCUGAGUACCUGCUUCUUCCAUUUGUACGCUGAGAAGAAUAUCUAGAGACGGCACAUGAUAAAAGGGGUGCAUGGUUAUG